AUGGAAUUGCCUCCUGCUGAGCAGCAGAAGCUCUACGAUGAAGCCAGUGCUAUUCUCAGGCACUUAGACUGGACUGAUGUUGCUCAGCUGACUGCUCUGGUGAUGGGGAAUGCUGGUCUCCAGCAGAAGUUGACAGCAGUGCUAAUAAAUUACUUCUCCAAAGAGCUAAGAGCAGAAAUACAAUACGGAGAAUAA